AUGGACGUAGACUCCAAAUUGUCGCUGGAAACAGCCAAAAACUAUCUUUUCGGAGCACAACUCGAGGACGGACAUCCGUUGUGCCAAUUACUUACGAAAGAACUUGCUUUCGAAGAGUUUCUCUUUGCGUUUUGGGACCAGCAAACUGAUUUGGACAAGAAUGUUCUGCCGGAUUUGGCUACGGAAGCACUUGAAUAUUUUCUUCAAGCUAAUUACACCGGUCCUUACUUGCCCGAUGAACCUGUUGAUUGGCUUCCUCAAGCUGUGCGCUCACAUCCCGACUUGAAAAACGCGACUUUGAAUGCCCUGACUGUCGAUGGUGAGCGUCCGUAUCAUCUUGCUCCUAAGCUUUUGCUACUUGUGUUCUCACGAGCAUUAUUUUCGUACGCCAAAAGCCAGACUCCAAUCCACCUUUGGAAUGAAGCCCGACUAGCCUUUUUAUUACAGCGUAUCUUGCAGGAGCAUGUUGCUUCGCUUCACAAUCUCAUAAACAAAAAUAUGAGUAGCAUUAGCGACUACAUUGUCACACAAGACCAAGAUGUCCAGGGUCGUUACGCAAUUGAAUUGGGUCUUAUCCACUCUUUUUAUGGACGAGAUGGACUUGCUUUGCGUUUGCUGAAUGACGCUGGAAACGUGAUGGAUUUUGCAUACGAGCUUACGGGUGCUCUCGGACGCCGUACCAAGUUUCAGACGUUUGAUGCUUCUCAACUUGUUGUUCUUGCUAAAUCACGGAACCGUGAGGGCGGAGACAUCACGGCAACUCAACCGAGAACUCUUGAGCUCAACGAUGAUACGUUGCUGGAAAAAAUCUCUUUCAAACACGAUCAAGAGCGUUUGGCCUAUAGGGAAGAAGUAGAUCCUCGAUUGAAAGAGGAGAAUCCCAAUGAACCAUCGCGUUUACAUCCUCUCGAUGCAGCAUUACUUUUGGCUUACUGUCAAAUUAUCAAAAACUCCAAUCCUGAUGAUGGCCUUACGCGUGAGGAAAUGUCUCCUUAUGCAGAACGUGUUCUGGCACAUCCCGUGAAUUGGUCCGUGUACACUAUGGGUCUUCUUAUUCGCACGAGACUUGAAGGAUUCAAGAGUCGAACGGUUGAAAGAAGCGUGCUUCAACUACAAGUUCUUGUUGACCAGCUUAAUGAUCAACUCAGGGCUCCAGGAACGGAAACAGUGGACAGCGGUCUUGAAGCGGUAGUCGGUGGCUCUUUCCUGCCCAAACCCAAAGAUGAAGGUGAAUCUGCUUCAUUACACGAGCGUCUUGCCUAUGCUCAUCAACUGUCCAUGCCAUCUCGUUGGCAACUCGAGGAUGAAUUGGCCAAAAAGUUCAUGUCCAUUGGUUCAAUUCGUUCCGCCCUUGAAAUUUAUGAGCGUCUCGAGAUGUGGGAUUGCGUUGCAUUGUGUCACUGCUCUUUGGAGCGCACUGAUCUUGCUAUAAAUGUCAUCCGUACACAGCUUGAGAAAGACCCUAACGAUCACCGCCUGCGGACGAUGCUCGGUGAUAUUGAAAACGAUAUCUCGCAUUAUGAAAAGGCAUGGGAGCUUUCUGGCUGCCGUUACGCACCUGCUCAACGUGCUCUUGGUCGUCAUUACUAUGCUGUCCAUGACAUGAAAAAGUGUAUGGAAUCUUUUGAAAAAUCCCUUCGAAUCAAUCCGCUUUCUUACCCUACGUGGUUUACUUAUGGAUGUGCUGCCCUUGAGCUGAAUGCAUUCGAAGUUGCUAUGGAGGCAUUCACUCGCUGUUUGUCGAUUGAUCCCGAAGAUGGUGAGAGUUGGAACAACUUGGCGAGUGCAAUGCUGAAGGCUAAGCCAAAGAACAAGCGUGAUGCUUGGCGCACGUUGCAGCAGGGUCUUCGUUUUAUGUACGAAAACUGGCGUGUAUGGGAAAAUUACAUGCUCGUCUCCGUGGACGUUGGUGAAUGGUCAGAAGUUAUUCGCGCCAUGCGCAGAAUCAUAGAGCUGCGGUCAAAAUCAAAGGGUGAAACGGCCGUUGAUGUUCAAUGUUUGGAUCUUUUGGUAAAUCAUGUAACCCAACAUUGCAAGGAUGACACGGAUAUCCUUGCUCGCCUUCUUACAGAACUUUUUGCCAUUAUUAUUCCGCUGAUCACCAACGAUGUUCGGUUGUGGAAACUCGUUGCUCGUUUCAUGUUUUGGCGUCAAAGAUGGGCCGAAUCUUUGGAUGCCACCUUGAAAGCUUACCGAGUGUUGCUUUCGAGUCCCAACAUUACAAGCGAGUUGGCCGUUUGGGAUAAAACUGUAGAUGGUGCACUGGACGUUGUUGAUGCAUACACAAAUUUGGGCGAAAAACCUGGACGCAUGGGAGGCGUCGUUGCCAAGGAUUGGAAAUUCAAAUCUCGCAGUGUCCUGCGUUCUCUGAUGGGACGGGGAAAGGGCAUUUGGGAAGAAACCGAAUCCUAUCAAAAGCUGCAAAAGGCUAUGGAGGACCUAAAGUCUCAGUCUUAAACUGG